AUGGAUAACCCUAGGAAUAAUUAUUACGAUCUUGCAAAUAUAAAUAACUCAAUAAAUAAUCACAAUGAGCCUGCUAAUAUGGAUGACACUAUAGAUAGCCAUGAAAUCGAUGACUGUAAUAUUGACUCUGCCUCAACAUUAUUUGUAUUAGCAUCAUCUAUCACUGACUUGGAUACUGUCUCGAUUAACAGCUCAACUACUAAUGAAACCACCAAUAGGGCCAUUAGCCAAACUUACA